GAGCUAGCUUCGCGCCCCAGUCAGCCGUAGUUCCACUACUAGGCCGAGCCCCAGCUCUGGCUCCGCCCCGCACGGAGGGGCGUCCUUGGGCGGGGCGGUCCGUCCCACUCUCUGGGCUCCACGCCUAGGUCUAGCAGCCCGAGGCGCGGCCUCCCUCCCCGGCUGAAGCGUUCACUUUAAGUCUGGCCGGGAGGCAACCCCAGAUAUCGCGGGAUCUACCGCUCCGAGUCUCGCGAGAGAAACAUUCGGCACCCAUUGGCUGUAAGGGUUGAAUGUAAGAUGGCGCCCAGGGAGCUGUGAGGAGAAAAUCCUGUCGGUCUUAGAGCGACGACAGAAGAACCGGGGUCCCGGGCGGUGCGGCGGGGCCGGCGGGUAGAGCGGAGGCGUCGGCGGCGGUGACGUCGCCGGGAACCCUGAGGAUUCUGCAAUAUGAAUAAUUCUCUGGAGAACACCAUCUCCUUUGAAGAGUAUAUCCGAGUGAAGGCGCGGUCUGUCCCGCAACACAGGAUGAAGGAAUUUCUGGACUCACUGGCCUCUAAGGGGCCAGAAGCCCUUCAGGAGUUCCAGCAGACAGCCACUACUACCAUGGUGUACCAACAGGGUGGGAACUGCAUUUACACAGACAGCACUGAAGUGGCUGGGUCUUUGCUUGAACUUGCCUGUCCAGUCACCACCAGUGUUCAGCCACAAACCCAGCAAGAACAGCAGAUCCAAGUUCAGCAGCCACAGCAAGUUCAGGUACAGGUACAGGUACAGCAGUCUCCGCAGCAGGUCUCAGCUCAGCAGCUCUCCCCGCAACUCACCGUUCACCAGCCUGCGGAGCAGCCCAUCCAGGUUCAGGUCCAGAUCCAGGGCCAGGCACCACAGUCAGCAGCCCCCUCCAUCCAGACGCCGUCUCUGCAGAGCCCCAGUCCUUCACAGCUGCAAGCGGCCCAGAUCCAGGUGCAGCACGUGCAAGCAGCCCAGCAGAUCCAAGCAGCAGAAAUCCCGGAGGAGCACAUCCCACAUCAGCAAAUCCAGGCUCAGCUGGUGGCUGGCCAGUCUCUUGCUGGGGGUCAGCAGAUCCAAAUCCAGACUGUGGGUGCCCUUUCCCCACCACCAUCCCAGCAGGGCUCACCCCGGGAAGGGGAGCGGCGGGUUGGCACAGCCAGUGUCCUCCAACCAGUGAAGAAACGCAAAGUGGACAUGCCCAUCACUGUGUCCUACGCCAUCUCAGGGCAGCCGGUGGCCACCGUGCUGGCCAUUCCACAGGGCCAGCAGCAGAGUUAUGUGUCUUUGAGGCCAGAUUUACUGACAGUAGACAGUGCCCACCUGUAUAGUGCCACUGGGACCAUUACUAGCCCUACAGGAGAAACCUGGACCAUCCCUGUUUAUUCUGCCCAGCCCCGGGGGGACCCUCAGCAGCAAAGCAUUACCCACAUUGCCAUUCCCCAGGAAGCCUACAACGCAGUUCACGUCAGUGGCUCACCUACAGCCCUGGCCGCUGUAAAGCUGGAGGAUGACAAGGAGAAGAUGGUGGGCACCACGUCUGUAGUGAAAAACUCCCAUGAAGAGGUAGUGCAGACCCUUGCAAACUCUCUCUUUCCAGCACAGUUCAUGAAUGGCAACAUCCACAUUCCAGUGGCUGUGCAGGCUGUGGCAGGCACAUACCAGAAUACUGCUCAGACUGUCCAUAUAUGGGAUCCCCAGCAGCAGCCGCAGCAGCAGACUCCCCAGGAACAGACACCACCACCGCAGCAGCAGCAGCAGCAGCUCCAGGUUACUUGUUCAGCUCAAACUGUCCAGGUUGCUGAAGUUGAAUCGCAGUCACAGCCACAGCCUUCUCCAGAACUUCUGCUUCCAAAUUCUUUGAAGCCAGAAGAAGGACUUGAAGUAUGGAAAAACUGGGCCCAGACCAAGAACGCUGAACUAGAAAAGGAUGCUCAGAACAGAUUGGCACCCAUUGGGAGGCGCCAACUGCUGCGAUUCCAGGAAGAUCUCAUUUCCUCUGCUGUGGCUGAGUUGAAUUAUGGUCUCUGUUUAAUGACACGGGAAGCUCGAAAUGGAGAAGGUGAACCUUAUGAUCCAGAUGUGCUCUACUAUAUUUUCCUGUGUAUUCAAAAGUAUCUUUUCGAAAACGGAAGAGUUGAUGACAUAUUUUCUGAUCUUUAUUAUGUUCGGUUCACGGAGUGGCUACAUGAAGUUCUGAAGGAUGUUCAGCCCCGGGUUACUCCACUUGCCUUGCCAGACCCCUACUAUGUGCCUUCUCCACUGGACAUUGUUCUUGGGGUAAGUCAUGGUAUCCUCCCGGCACCCCUCCCUCUGCUUUACUUUCACUUGCGGUCCAGGUACUUCCUGUUGAAGACAGUGGACCAGCACAUGAAGCUGGCCUUCUCCAAGGUCUUGCGACAAACAAAGAAGAACCCCUCUAAUCCCAAGGAUAAAAGCACGAGUAUCCGGUACCUGAAGGCCCUUGGGAUUCACCAGACUGGCCAGAAAGUUACUGAUGACAUGUAUGCAGAACAGACAGAAAAUCCAGAGAACCCACUGAGGUGUCCCAUCAAGCUCUACGAUUUCUACCUCUUCAAAUGUCCCCAGAGUGUGAAAGGCCGGAAUGACACCUUUUACCUGACACCUGAGCCAGUAGUGGCCCCCAACAGUCCAAUCUGGUACUCAGUCCAGCCUAUCAGCAGAGAGCAGAUGGGACAAAUGCUGACCCGGAUCCUGGUGAUAAGAGAAAUUCAGGAGGCCAUCGCAGUGGCCAAUGCAAGCACCAUGCACUGAAAUGCCUUGGACGUGGUGCAAGAGAAACCAGCCAGGAAAAACCGGACAGACUUUCACACUAAUGAAGAGGCCUCCGUUUUUUUUUUCUUUUCUUUUCUUUUCCUUUUUAAUUGGUGUAGUUAUGAAGCCUUUCAGGCUGCUUCUGUUUAAAAUGUAAAAGAAAACUUUGCCCCCUUUGCAUCUUCAUAAACCUGCUGCGGCAGACUCCUCAGCCGAUGGGGGCUCUGGGUUUCCUGAGAGCCAGAUGACCUUGAAGGUGGCUGGCUGACUUUUUCUUUUUUGUCUGGGGUAAGGGGUUGGACUGUUUGGAGAAAUGUGGCCCCUUCCCUUCCUCAAGAGAGAUGGAAUUAAUGGUGGAUGGACCCUGCAGGGAAUCUUCCCAGCUGGCAUCCACUGGGCUGGCUAAUUUCACUCACCACAGGGAAACCAUGUUCUUUUCUUUCUUCAUGCUCAGACAUAAACUUAGCAUCUUAAUGGAAGAUAAAUGAGGGGUACUUCAAUUAUGAUUUAUUAAAGACAAUUUCUAUUGCACCCUCCUCUAUGACAAGUGACAUUUUAGAUGUUAAAGUAAAAACUUUACCAUGCCUUUUUUUUUUUUUUUUUUGGCCUAACAUUGAGGCCUUAAAACCUGAGGCUCCUGUGCCUGAUGGAAUUCUUGUAACAUACACUUGUGUAUCAUAUAAAGAUACCACUCUGUUUCUCUUAUGUAUUCUUACUCUAGCUGUUUAUUAAGAAUGACAAGCACGUCUUUUCAACA